AUAAUCAACCCGAAUCUUUAUCUCUCUACUCAGCAUAUAUAUAGUGACAAAAUAAAUGGAUUAUGGAAGUGUAGUUAUUACUAUACCAAACUCAACAAUUCAUACAUACACCACCAAUUCUAUGAUGAUGAUGACUGCAGAUUAUGAAAGCGUGAAGCAGCUUCCUCCUGGGUUUUUGUUCUCUCCAACGGAUGAAGAACUUGUCCUUCACUUUCUCUAUGCCAAGGCUUCUCUUUUGCCAUGCCAUCCCAACAUCAUCCCUGAUCUUGAUGUCUCUCUCGCUCAUCCUUCCCAACUCAACGGUAAAGCGUUGUCAAGCGGAAAUCAAUACUAUUUCUUCAGCAAAGUGAAGGAAAAAAGAAUAACAGAAAAUGGGUAUUGGAAGGAAAUAGGUGAAAGUGAAGCAAUAUUGUCAUCAACGUUUGAGAAGAAAGUAGGGACAAAGAAGAACCUUGUAUUCCACAUAGGAGAAGCUCCACACGGCAUUGAAACCAGUUGGGUCAUGCAAGAAUAUCAUAUUUGCCCAUCCUCUAACAUUAUUUCUACAACUAGAGCCAGAAGAAAACACGAUCAUCAAAUUUGGAGCAAAUGGGUUUUGUGCAAAGUGUAUGAAAAGAAGGGGUCCGUACGAGGUGUAAACUACUGUAGCGACGAUGAUGACAGUGGGACAGAGCUAUCUUGGCUUGACGAAAUUUAUCUCUCGUUGGAUGAUGAUCUGGAAGAAAUUAGCGUCUCCAUUUUAGAUUGAAUAUGUAUCAAUUACCUGAAUUUUAGGUUUAAUAUAUAUGUAACGGUGCCGCUAUAUAUGUUGAUACUACUGUAUAUUGAAUUGGGAGUUCAAUGAAAAUGAUUAUACCUUCACUAAA